CUUGGACUCGAAUCUCUUUAUUUCGGCGUUAAGUAGUUUACUUCUUUUUGCUUUUCAAUAGUUGCUAUUUUGUUAUCAUCGUUCACGUAAAUUUCUUUUGAAAACUGUUGAGCUUAAGGCAACAAGUGUUUAUAUUUCCAUUCCGGCCAUUCUGGAUAUAUGUGACCUGACAAAUCAUGCCAAAUCUGGAGUGAUAAGCAGAUGUCAUAUUCCGUGAUGCGGAUACGGAUGCCUUUGAAUUCAACUAAAUGACGCAAAAGGAGUCUUUGUAGCUCUUUUUGUUUCGCUCCCUAUACAAUUCUGCAAAAAAUUCUGUUGACUCAUCAAUGGAUGUUGAUCCACCUUUACCACAUCCUGUUUUAAAAAGAUGCUCUAGUGCCCCCAUGAUCAGUGAAUGUGACACAGAGGCUGGUGCUGUAGCCACCUCCUCAGCUACAGCUUCACUAGCCAGUGCAGCCCCUUCACAUUCAAGAACAUCACCUACAUUUAUUUUGUGUUCCACAUUUGAACCACGGACCAGAAGAUUUAGUGCAAGUUUUAGUCCAUUGCAUUCCCCUGGGGGUGAAUAUACUUUUUUUUUGUAAUGAAGAAAUUUCACUAAACAUAUUUUUACAUGUAAGACGCCUGGGAGCCCAAGAGUCCCUCCCUCCAGAGUUAGCCAAUUAAAGAAAGAAGAAGCUUGUGAUGCUGUAGGUCGAGAGGUUGCCAGUGAAAAGGAAUUCCAAUCCACUUUACAAAUCUCAGCUUCAUGGGAAGAUCUAUCUCUGAGUGAUACUGAUUCAAAAGAAUCUAAAGCUGAGCCUCACCGAAGGCCUUCCUCUGCUUGUACGGAGCCAAUACACGUAACUUUACCUAACGGGUUGUCAACCUUCGUCUCGUCUCCUUAUCCUUCACCGACCAGGGUCAGUGGUCGACAGUGUUUUUCUCCAUCUAUGCAAAUUCCUGUACGGAACUCGUCAUUCUCGCCGACUCCAAGCCCAAGUCCUACAAGGAAAACGUUUUAUACCAGUCGACGGAGUCUCUCGCCAAUAGCUAUUCGUGCCAGUUCUUUUGGACCGGUAAAGCGGAAAUGUGAUUUGGAGGACCGAGGAGAUUCAGCUUGGACCCCUAACAAAAAGUAUCAACAUUUCUCGCCAGCGGCAAAUGUUUCUAGCGUUGGAGGUCCUCUUUUAGUCACCCAGUCUUCAAGUGGAGAAAAUGGUGAAAUCUCUGGGAGAAUUCCCAUUGUUAGCCGUAGUAGUGUGAUCCCUACACCAGAUUCGCAAUCAUCUUCAGCAAGUCCGUCAGAUUCAGGUUCUAACCAAUCACCUCUUCAGGUGUGUAAAGUGGUUGAUAGCCCAGCUAACAGUCCCGGUGGACGACGUGGUAGCACUGGCGGCGGAGGUGAGAGCAGUGGUAGCCGCUCUCGUGAUCGGACGUCGUGUGUCGUCCCUUCACCUUUAGCUGCCACCAACACGAUCGAAGAUCCUGAUGCUGAAUACAAAAUGAGUUCUACAAGCAAAGAACGGAAAGAUUUCUCUAGGCUUUUCGUUCCAAUUCCGCCAUCACCUGGAGCUAUGGAUUGCUGUACGGGCGAUAGCGAAGAAUCUUUAGCCAAUAAUCAUCACGAUUUUUCAACCAACAGAAUACGCGACCAAGUUUCCAAGGAGCUGGAUGCUAGUGGUGCGGAUUACGGCCCCAUGGAUGAAAAUAUGGAAGAACCUGCCACCGUUUCAUCCCAGGAACAUUCGAUGAGCGUCGACUCUAGUCACUCUCCUAUGGAUCCUUCCGUUUAAUCCGUAUUUUCGACAAGAAAUCCUGUCAAAUCGUCUUUAUUUCUCUUCAGACAAAAUGCCCCCUUGCCCUGAUUCGCCUUCUCUUUACGCUUUUAGUCAACAAACACGGGAUAUUUUGUAGGGGCAUCCGACGCAGUGUCGACGUCCGAUGAUAACCUGAAAGUAAGAGAAAAUUUGUGCCCACGUUGUAC